AGAGAACAUAGGCCAUAGGGUAACAGAGAGAGACACAGAGAGAUAGAGAGAAUGAAGAAGACUUCAGGAGCCGCAGCUGACAAGAAGAGGGUGCGACGCUCCUCCGCACCCGAUCCCUCCUCUGAUGCCCCUCCCAGGUCUAAGAAACAAGCUGCCAAGAAAGAUGUGUUCCAGGUAUUUGCUGAGAAGGUGAGAGACCAUAAGGAUUUGGUUUCCAGGUGGGCUGUGCUGCAGGAGACGCGUGUCGAGUAUUUUCGAGGGAAGGAUUUCGGGAACUUCUUGAAAAACCAUCCAGAGCUCAAGGAUGUCCUAGAAUCAGAUAGGAGUUUAGAAACAGAGGAGAUUGCCAACAUUCUACUUGCAAAAAGUCUUUUAGUGCGGUGUGAUCGUGUUGUAAAAACAGUUCGUCCCGGGAAGAAAAAGUUGUCUACCUGGCCUGCACAUUUGGAAAUUUUCCCUGAACAAGUAUUUUCUGAAAAUGAUGCCUUUUUUGCAUGGACGUUUGUCAAACGUCAUCCACUGUGGCAGACACUCCUCUCAUUUUUCUGGCCUGUGUUAACGUUGGCUAUUUGCUUAUUUCCUGUGUACCCUCAUCGCUGCAAGCUGUUAAUACUUUACUCAUGUGCCGGGAUCCUUUUUCUCAUUCUCUCUUUGCUUUUGAUAAGAGGUGCAAUAUUUGGCGCUUUAUAUAUUAUCCUUGGAAAGCGAAUCUGGUUUUUCCCUAACAUCCUUGCUGAGGAAGCAACCCUGCGAGAGCUAUUCAGAUUUUGGCCUAAGAAAGAUGAAGAGGAAAAGCCUAAGUGGACAACAAGGCUUUUCUAUGCUGUGGUAGCUGUGCUGGUGAUAUUAUUGCUGAGGCAUCAUGCACCCGAUGAAGCUGCCAGAGCUAGGUACCAGAAGAGGGUAUCUAACAUCAUUGAUGAUGUUCUUGAAUGGUCUCCCAGUUUAGCCUUGUCUGGGAUGAUGGAUAAGCAACAAAAUGUGGCUAAUGCCACAGGGUCGGCUGAUGCGCCGUCACAAGCUAGCAAAACCGAACAGGAGCAUGCAGCUCCAGCUGAUGGUGAUGAGGAAAAAUCUUUCAUGGAACAGUAUAAUAAUACUGAAGAAGUAAUUGAUAACAUAGAGGACGCAGGUGAAGAUAAAACAGCAUGAGUAAAGUUAAGUCUCAUACACCUAAAUGACAUAUAUCUAGUGACUAGAUCACAAUUUUCCUUUUAUUUGAGUGUAAAAGUACCGUGUAUGAAUAAUAACAGUAAAGAGGUGCGCGUUCAAUCGAUGCUCUUAAAAUUAUACUUUUCUUCCUUAGUGUGCUUCUCCAUGCGGUUGACGGGGCGCAUCUCUCGCAUUAUAUUGCUUUAUACAUAAGACGAUUCUUACAUAUAUGUAUAUAUACACAUCAUAUGCCUCUUGAUACGCAGGGUGAUGUCAAAAUGACUUGAAUUAGG